AUAAAUUUCAGGGUGUCAGCAAGACGACAUCUGGGACAGAAGGCUGAGGGGGAGGGAUCAGCUCUGCCCACGGGAGGCAACUCAAGUACAAAAAGAGUCCACCAGCCCAGCCGCGAGGUUCAAAACCUGUCUGCUGCUGAGACCGUGCGCUCAGAGAAGGAAGUGGGGAGCCGCGAUAUGUCUGAGUUGCAGCAGCUGAUGCAGAACGCCAUCCCCAGCGCCAGGGGAACCCUGAAGGACAACUACAGCAACCUUCUCAAAGUGGCAGAUUACUGCGAGAGCAACUAUGAGGAGGCAAAGGACAAGCGGAAAGCCCUCGAGGAAACCAUGGCUUUUGCAACCCAGUCAUUAGCCAGCGUGGCUUACCAAAUCAGCAACCUGGCGAGCGAUAUCCUCAAAACGAUGGACUUGCAGCUGGCUGAAGUCCGGCAGGUGGAAGCCAAAGUCUGCUCCAUUGCGCAGGUGGUGGAGAUGCACAUGGAGAAAGUGUCCCGCCGAGAGAUCGGGGCUCUUUCUGUUUGCAAGAGAUUUCCGCACCAACAGAAAAUCAUCCCCCCAAGCCACGUGGAGCCCCUGGAGGCGUAUUACAGGAAACCGCUGAACUUCAACAGUUUGGACGAUGUUGGGCACGGAAUAAAGGAUCAUGGCACACAGUUGGCCAAAACAGGGACUCUCUGCCGGCGAGGAAAUGCAACAUCAUCAGGGCAGUCAUCUGGGAGCCUUAGGAGAAGUCAACGGAUUCCAGAGCCAAUACGGCCACCAGUUGUCCCAGAGGGCAAACCCUCCUCAUCUGCUUCAUCUUUGUCAUCACUGAGCCCCACAGAAGCUAUGGAGAAGACUGGUAUGAUCGCAUCUACUGAACCACCUCCACCGCCUACGCUCUCGCCUUUUCCUCCACCGGCAGAGGCAAGUGAUGUUCUUCCUCCUCCUCUUCCAGAAGAUCUGUUGCCACCGCCGCCACCUUUUGCAGUCAGCGAUGUCACCCCAGACCUUGAUUUUCCAAUGACCCCUCCACCGUUGGACGCCUCUAAUUUGGAGCAGCUGGUGCCUCCGCUCCUUCCCCCUCCGCCACCCCCAGAGAAAUUGCCAUGGGCCCCCGACACCUAUCUGGAAAAAGUGGUGACCCUCUACCCUUAUACUCAGCAGCAGGAACAAGAACUCUCGUUCGCAGAGGGGACUGUUAUUUACGUGACACGAAGAUACUCAGAUGGCUGGUGUGAGGGGGUGACAAGUGAUGCAAAGGGAUUGUUCCCAGGGAACUAUGUGGAGCCUUUUCCAUGAAGGAAGCAGAACGGAUGCUGGAGAUUAUUAUAAUUUUUUAAAAAUGCAGAUACUUAAAAUGUGAGAUCUGGUGAAGACUGACUACUCUGUUCUUGGUCUCAUAGAAGGAAACUUGGGUGGAAGUUGGUGUGUUGGCAUAUCAACAGCCAUAUUUCCCUCCCACCCCACUUCAUGCUAGCCAGGCUGAAGUAAUAGCUAGGAGGGGGGCAUUUAAGAAUAUCAGAGCAUCCUCAUCACCUCAAUUGAUUGGAAUGCAGAGAUGUCGGGUUAAAUAUCUGCUGUGGUUCCUCUCUCUUCUCCUCCUCUACAAAGCCUGUGCAACAGCUGUGCUAAGUGUGUGCAAUCCUAUACACACUUAGGCGGGAGAUUGUCCUGUUGAACGCCAAGGGGCCGAGUUCCGAUUUGACACGUACAGGAUUGCAACCCGCAGCAGCUGUUUCCGAAGCAACGAUUGCCUCAUCGUCAUCAACACCAUCACUUAACACCGUCUCAGUUUUAGUGUAACACUGUGAUGCAUCCACUCUGCCUGCCCUGAGUAUCCCAUGUGUGGAUAAUCUUAUAUUUCCAUAGCGUCAUUGUUAUACUGCUGUUAUUUUAAUUGAUUUUAAAGCCAGUUCUGUAAUAUACGUUCAACGGAAAGGUUGGGCAUGGGGGGGGGGAAUACAGCAUAAAUGAAUGAAAGCUUAGCUCCCUGCAUUGAGAAAAGCAUCUGCAAAGUGCUUUGGAGGAGGCUAGGUACGUUGCGCUGCCCUGCUCCUGCCAGCUGGUGGCGCUCUUUGGAUUUCAUGGUCUAGACCAGGGGUCGGCAAGGUUUACCUUGCCUGGGCUGGUUCACUCCAGCGGAGACCCCUCUGUGGGCCAGAUUGCACGAUUUCCAGUGUCUGUGUCUGCACAGAUGCUAUUUCCGGCGCCGCGAAAGCAAGUCCCUGCGCCGUGCUGUGCCAGUUUAGUGCAGAGCGCAGGGACUCACUGAGUGGGCGGCUUGGUUCGGGGGUGGCUCGUGGGCUGGUUAAACGACCCUGUGGGUCGCUUGUGGCUGACUCCUGGUUUAGAUUCUAGAGCAGCCUUUCUCAACCUGUGGGUCCCCAGAUGUUGUUGGACUACAACUCCCAUCACCCUAGCUAGCAAGGCCAGAGCUCAGGGAUGAUGGGAGUUGUAGUCCAACAACAUCUGGGGACCCACAGGUUGAGAAAGGCUGCUCUAGAGGGAAGGUAGAAGCUACUUGACUAGAUACUCGCAAAACAAACAUUCUCUUCCAGUAGUGAACAUUGAAUUUCUGUCAUUCCCAUUUGAGAUGUUGGGUGGCAUUUGUGCACCCAAAUGUCUGCCAGGGAGUGGUUGGAUGAGAAAGAAUGGUGGAAUCUGCCCAAUCAAGAGCUCCCCAGGGAAGGCGCAAAAGAAGAGGAUUUUGAACCUGGGCCUGGUAGUGGGACACGGGACACACCUGAGGAGGGGACAAGUUGGAAGUGCUAGAAACAGGGUGCUUGAGGGAUAGCGAAGAGACCGGAAAGAGCGAGUAGUUUUCCAUUUUGGAUGUAGGCACCAACAGCGAUGACAGAGGGGAGGCGGACCUUGCAGUUCUCCCUUGGGGCCAUUCUGACAGCUUCUUUGCUGAAAGCUUUCAAACCCUCCCCCCCACAAUCCUAGAACGUGAUGUUUAUUGCAGGCAUAGGCAAACUCGGCCCUCCAGAUGCUUUGGAACUACAAUUCCCAUCAUCCCUGAACACUGGUCC